AUGGACGCAGUGAGCAGUGUUGACGAGAGCUCAACAAGCACAUGUUCCAUCCACACUCCGGCGAAGCUUCCUCCGGCGACGGCAACAAAGUCUUCAUCCCCGGCGAGUCUAUACAGAAUGGGAAGCGGAUCAAGCGUGGUUUUGGAUUCCGAGAACGGCGUCGAGGCCGAAUCAAGAAAGCUCCCGUCGUCAAGAUUCAAAGGCGUCGUCCCUCAGCCAAACGGAAGAUGGGGAGCUCAGAUUUACGAGAAGCACCAGCGCGUCUGGCUCGGCACUUUCAACGAAGAAGACGAGGCGGCGCGUGCCUACGACGUCGCAGCUCACCGUUUCCGCGGCCGUGACGCCGUCACGAAUUUCGCGACGUUAGGUGACGGAGACGAAGUCGACUUCUUGAACGCGCAUUCGAAAGCUGAGAUCGUCGACAUGUUGAGGAAACACACUUACGAAGAGGAGUUGGAACAGAGGAAACGUAACCUUCACGGUAAGGGAAAUACAAAAGAGACGGCGUUUGCUGCCGUUAGGGUUGGGAAGGGGUUUAAAACGGCGGAGACUCUGUUUGAGAAAACGGUAACGCCGAGUGACGUCGGGAAGCUAAACCGUUUAGUGAUACCGAAACACCAAGCGGAGAGACAUUUUCCGUUACCGUUAGCUGGAGACGUCUCAGUGAGAGGGACGCUGUUAAAUUUCGAGGACGUUAACGGGAAAGUGUGGAGGUUCCGUUACUCGUAUUGGAAUAGUAGUCAAAGCUAUGUGUUGACUAAAGGUUGGAGCAGGUUCGUUAGAGAGAAGAGAUUAUGUGCCGGUGAUUUGAUCAGUUUUAAAAGAUCUAACGGUCAGGAUCAACAGUUGUAUAUCGGGUGGAAGUCGAAAGCCGGGUCGGAUCGGGAUCAGGAUCAGGAUACGGAUCGGGUCGUCGUGAGAUUGUUUGGCGUUGACAUUAGUUCGGUGAAGUCUCGAAAUGAUGUCGUAGAGAAGGAAGAAACGGUGAUGUUGUCUUUAAGGUGUAAUAAAAGGCAACGCCUUGUAACAACAACUUAACAAUUGUUUCUCUUUGUUCUGUUUUUUGUAUUUCCUGGAAAGUGUUACAAAAAAAAGUAUUUCCUGGAAAAAAAACUUUUAUUUUUUCUUCUUAACAAUUUGUUGCCGACAUGAUUUAUGUUGCAAAGUGUAACAAAGUUAAAGUUGGCAGAAUCUUUCCAGCAAAAAAAGAUUACACACGUGAAAAACAUUUUCGAUCAGAUAUAUAUAUCUUAUAUUUU